AGUACACUAGUGUAGAGUUGUUUUCGAAGAGGAAGGUGGAAGAUUGUGUGUAGUCAGGAGGGGAAAGCGAGUGUAUUCAAUAGCAUAACAGCAGGAGGAAAUACAAAAUUCACCAUGGCUUCGGGGGACACCCUGUACAUUGAAGCGGACGGGUCAGAUAUGCCGGCAGAAAUAGUGGAACUGCAUGAAAUCGAAAUAGAGACAAUCGAGACCACAGUUGUUGGAGACGACGAAGAGCACCAGCCUAUGAUCGCCUUACAGCCGCUUGACACGGACGAUCCACACUCAAUUCACUCGCACCAAGAGGUGAUUCUGGUGCAAACAAGAGAGGAGGUGGUGGGCGAUGAGGACUCUGAAAUGCAUGACGAUGAUGGUUAUGAGGACCAAAUCCUCAUCCCAGUGCCCGACGCUGAUGAGGACUAUAUCGAACAGACUCUGGUUACUGUCGCCGGGAGAAGCUCCUCCACAGGCCGGAUGAAAAGGGCUGGAAGUGGAAAGAAAGCGGGCAAAAAGAGCUACCUAAGCGGGGGAGAAAUGGGCAGGAAAUGGGAACAGAAGCAAGUGCAGAUAAAGACUUUGGAGGGGGAGUUUUCAGUGACUAUGUGGGCAUCGGAUGACAAGAAGGACAUAGAUCAUGAGGAGCAAAUCGCGGGGGAAAACUCUCCACCAGAUUAUUCUGAAUACAUGACAGGGAAGAAGCUACCCCCUGGAGGCAUCCCAGGCAUCGACCUCUCAGACCCCAAACAGCUGGCAGAGUUUGCAAGAAUGAAGCCGAGGAAAGUAAAAGAAGACGAUGCACCCAGGACGAUAGCCUGUCCACACAAAGGAUGUACCAAGAUGUUUAGGGACAACUCGGCGAUGAGAAAGCACUUGCAUACCCACGGGCCCCGCGUGCAUGUCUGCGCAGAGUGUGGCAAAGCCUUCGUGGAGAGUUCAAAACUGAAAAGACAUCAACUCGUUCACACAGGAGAAAAACCUUUCCAGUGCACAUUCGAGGGCUGUGGCAAGCGGUUCUCUCUGGACUUUAACUUACGCACACAUGUGCGUAUUCACACUGGAGACCGCCCGUAUGUGUGCCCCUUUGAUGGCUGCAACAAAAAAUUUGCUCAAUCAACCAACCUGAAGUCUCACAUCCUCACACACGCCAAAGCCAAAAACAACCAGUGAACGGACAGCGGCGCGAGCGAACACUGGAGGACUCGAUUCUUCGCUCUUUGGCAAACUAAAGUCCCGUGGCCUGCUUUGUCGUCAGAGAUAGAAGUCCCCUUUGUAUCUCUAGAUGAAAGGUUUAAGAAAUGACCUUUUUCUCAGACUUUUUGAUGAACUUAUGGAGGUUUGAUCAAGGAACUUGUGAGAACCCCCCACCCCCCCUCAGGCCUCACCCUACUUUGAUGCUACCUGGAUGGAACAAUUUACGCUUUCUUCUUGUGAAGAUGUUAAUUCAUGGAUCUGCACCUGAAAACGUAUUUAUACCUUAACACAACCAGUUAAAAAAGUUUUUGCAAUAUAUUUGUCAAAUUUGCAUCAAUCCUUAGCAAUGACACAUUUUCAAUUUUGUACUUUCCCCAAGUGUGCAUAUUGUACACUGUGACAUAAGAUCUGUGGUAAUGUAUGUAUUAAGAUUGUCCCAUAGCUCUUCUUGGGUUUCACAGUUUGUUUUAUCUCCCGUUCAUGUGAGUGUGUUUCAAGGGAGGAUUGAGUGAUCUCUGCAUAUUUUCAUUUUGUACACAAUAUCAGAAUCAUGUAGAUAAUAGCCAUGUGAUUUUCAGUAGAUCACAGAUUAAAAUGUUUUUCCCCC